UUCCGCGCUGGGCUGCGCAGGGAGCCGCGCCGAGAGCAUGGCGGAGCCCACCGUGUGCUCCUUCCUCACCAAGGUGCUGUGCGCCAACGGCGGCCGCAUGUUCCUGCAGGACCUGCGCGCCCACGUGGAGCUCUCGGAGGCCAGGCUCCGGGACGUGCUGCGCCGGGCCGGGCCCGACCGCUUCCUGCUGCAGGAGGUGGAGGCGAAGGACGGCCCCUGGGACGCGGAGGCCGAAGUGGCGGCCGGCGCCGUGGGCGCGGGCGGCGGCGGCCCCUCGGCCUGCAGGGUGGUGGCGGUGUCCUCGGCGCGCCUGUGCGCCCGCUACCAGCGCGGCGAGUGCCAGGGCUGCGACCAGCUGCACUUCUGCCGCCGUCACAUGCUGGGCAAGUGCCCGAACCGCGACUGCUGGUCUACCUGUACCCUUUCCCAUGAUAUCCACACACCUGUCAACAUCCAAGUCCUGAAAAACCACGGGCUUUUUGGUCUCAAUGAGGCCCAGCUUCGGAUUCUGCUUUUACAGAACGACCCCUGCCUUCUACCGGAGGUGUGUUUGUGCUACAACAAAGGCGAAGCCCUGUACGGUUACUGCAACCUCAAGGACAAGUGCAACAAGUUUCACGUGUGCAAGUCCUUUGUCAGGGGAGAGUGCAAGCUGCAGAAGUGCAAACGAUCCCAUCAGCUCAUUCACGCGGCAUCCCUGAAGCUGCUGCAGGACCAGGGGCUGAACGUCCCCAGUGUCGUUAACUUCCAGAUCAUCUCUACCUACAGGCACGAGAAGCUGCACAAGAUGCUCGAAAAUAAAGAUAAUUCAGCUGCUUCUGCUGAGCACGCACAGAGCCCUGAGAAGCAAGGAGGGCCCGUUGCUGUGGCUGCAGAAGCCCGUCCCCCGGUUUCUGUCCCUGCCCCGUCGGCCAAGAAGCCAGGUAAACCAUAAAGGAUGUCAGCGAAAUAGGAGAAGCUUCUGCAAUUGGAAGGUCGGAAAACAAAGCUUCUGUUGAGCUUCGAUUUGUAACUAUCCAUUCACUGAAUGAUCUCUUAAAAAUACCUACCUCACAAGGUGCUGUGACAAUUCAAGAAGAUGCAAAAGGAGACAUUGUCCGAUUUGGAGGAUAAGGUUGGGGACGAGGUUGGACACAGAGCAGGCAAAGGGAGGGUAAAUCCUGAGCGCAGGUGGGGCCCGUGCAGGGCGAGCCCUGGCUGUGGCAGCUUCUGCCUGCAGUUCCUGAGAGCUCUUUUCCCAGGCUGGCGGGAAGCUCCCACACACGCAGCUCCCUGCUGACCUGCUCGGUGGGCCGGCCACGGGUUUUCCGUAUGCCCAUGUGUGCCGUUUCAGUACGUCACCUUCAUGUCCUUCCUUUUCCACUCAAUGUGCCAUAAGCAUCCUCCCGUAUGUGUUCACGUUUAUCACACAUGAUCAUUGUUAUGCACAGAAGCACGAAUAUAUCAUAGUUUACUUGUUGCCCUUAUCCUGGGGAAACAAUUUGCUGGGAUUUCCAACAAAUUUUGAAUAUAACUCUUCAAAUCCACACAAUAGUGAAUUUUUAAAGUUAGUCUUUUGCUUGGCUUAUAGUUGCAAAAUGAUAGUGCUUUUUGCAUUUCUUUAAAUUUAGGCGCGGGUGAAUAUUUUUCUGUGUGUGCUUCCUGUAGGUCUUUAUUUUGUGCAUUUUGUACAUGCCCUUUAGUUACUGGGGCAUGCGAUUACCUCCUCUGUGCUGAUGAGGGAUGGCCUUGAAUUAGGUGCCUUAAUUUUUUAUAAAAGGAUGUCAACCGUACUGUGCUCAUAUUCACAUCCGUCUCCUGUGGCCGCGCCCUCAGGCAGCACGGAGAGUAUGUAACUGCUGGGUGCUGACCGCCACUUUCUACCUCACUCUGUCUACGCUGCUCUUAUUAAACUCGGACCAAAGCCCACUUGCUGUGGUUUGAAGGAUGUGCAGUGCAUCCAUUCCUCGAAAUCGUGUCCCUCCUUCUAUGGAUCGCGGUGGACCAUCAGAAAGCUAUAUACCUCGCCCACUGCAUGUUGACUCUCCCCUUCCACCCCUCCCCAUUGCCCCAUCCAGAUGUCGUCACUGAGUCAUACCUAGAUGUUCGGUUCUUUGCUUUUAUCCCCUGACUGGGAAUCGAACCAGCAACCUUUUGGUUCACAGGCUGGUACACUCAGUCCACUGAGCCGCACCAGCCAGCUUUGUUUUUAUCAAAAGGUACCACAGAAAAGCAGCUGUAUGAAAUCCUCCCCUGUGUGUGCCGUAGUAAUAUCCCAAAUGUCGAUGUGUAAAGCGUUUUUAGAAAUACUGAACUGUCCUGCAAUAACAUUUGAGAAAAAGGGGCAAGGUAGUGAGUUGGUUUUUUUUGUAAAGCUAAGUUUAUUUAAUUGAGAGAAACGUUUGUCAUGCAGUUCUCUCUUUUCUGUUGGGGAAGGUGUCCAAAACGUGCCCCUUAUAAAGGGAGGGAUUGCCGCGUUCUCUCCUAAUGGGCAGUGAGAGUGCUGUGACCUACGCUCAUCUCCCCACUUUGGUUGUCAACGGUGGUGUUUCGGAGGGCCCCGAUGUCCGCAUACCUCGUUGCUUUGUGCCUGGUUCUGAUUUCUCCUGGUGCUAAUUUUUUUCUGAAAAAAUGGUUUUAUGUUUUAUUAUCAUCAUUAUUUACAUUUUAUCCUUUUUUUCCAUGUAUUUUUGUUGUAAGCCAUCCACAAUCCUUAAUGGAAACAGUAUAGUAUAUAAGUGCGUAUUCUUUACAUUAAGGGACUUGGUAGGCUUUUAUACUAUUGUGUUUUUUUAUAUAUCUUAUAAUUAUGCUUUUACAUAUGAAGUUAGUGACCCUAUGUAAUCCUUGUUGCAAUAUUUUAUCCAGAUCUAUAAUAUUCCACUUUAAUCUUACUUUUUUGGUGUUUAUGCUGUCUUAUUUUCACUGGAUGAUCAGCCGUUAGAGAGUUAUCAUGUUAGACUUGGGGAGACGUUUCCUUCGGCAAUUCACGGGGGCUUUUGAGAUGGGGCCGCGCAUCUCCAGCCUCCACAGAGUCAGCAUAACCUAAACCGAAUGAUCCCCGUUUUUCCAGACUUGUUCCUCCUCUUGGUUUUUAUUUUGGAGGGUCACCACCUAAUGACUUAAGCCAGAAACCUGCAAAUCGUCCUCUGCUUGCUUUCUCCUUGUUCCCAGUGUCACAUUGGUUACAUAGCAUUGGAGACUUUUUCCCCUCAAAAAGCUCUCAAAUUUUUACCCUUCUCUGUCCGUUUUUUUCCCGUUCCCUCCACGCUGCCUUGUCGCACACCCUCGUCACCUCUUACAGAACUCAGUGGUUUUCAGGCCACGUCUCAGAAGUUUUUUGUGGGAGUUGCUAGGUGACUCCCCUUCAAUGAUGGUAGCCCCAUUUUAAUUUUAAUUUUAAUUUAAUUUUUUAUCCUCACCUGAGGACAUGCUUACUGAUUUUAGAGAGAGAGAAAAGGAGGGAGAUAGAGAGGGAGAGAAACGUCCAUCAGUUGCCUCUUGUACAUGUCCCAGCCAGGGACCAAACCCACAACCCAGGCAUGUGCCCUAACCGGGAAGUGAACCCAUGAUCUUUCGGUUUGUGGGAAGAUGCCCAACCAACACACUAGGCAGGGUGCCUUUUUAAUUUUUAAUUAAUAGAGGACUUCAUUGAUUUCCUUACCACCCUUCUCUCCCUCUGUCUUCCCUUCUGCUGCCUGCUUGAUCUUUGAAAUUCAGACCCGCUCAUAUCGCUUUUUCCUGCCAUAAAGUUUAUCGGUCCCUAUCACUAGGGGAGGAGUCAUGACCUCGCAUGGCCGUGGGGACCAGAAAGGUGAGUGAGUGGAGGCGGUGAGCUGGAUGCAGGAGGACGGGGGGGGGCGUGCUGUGGUGAGUCGAUCCAUCUGCAAGGGGCACCUGCCUCUCGCCUCCAUGUGGGAAUGUGGUCCAGUUUGUCAUAUUGUCCAAUUUGACAAAGAAGCCAGAAUCCAAUUUUUUAGAAGAAAUUUUCAGAUUUUAAAUAUCGAGUUUUUAAAAUGCAGACCAGUGUCGUGGGUACAAACCUACUUGCAAUUUUUUGGAAUGGGCCCUUUGAUCUUGCGCUGUGUGUCUAAGCGAUGUUCCCCUCAGGGUCCUCUCUCUCCCCACCUGCCCCCAAACCUGGUAAGAUUAGGUGCUUUAAAAUGCCCAGGUAACCUCUCCCGACCCCUAGAGAGUUCUCAGAUCUCUCAUGUAGCACUUACUUCCGUACAUGUCAGUGCCUUCUGUUUUUAUUCCCUAGCUUUGAGCAAAAAACAUUAUUUAAUCUUCUUGGCAAUUCUGACACUUGGUAGUUAGAUAUUUUUCGGCCUAAUGAUGAGCUAAACUCUGCCUUUGAAUCCAUCCAGUCAGUGUCAUAUUGCUCUGCAUUGUUUUUUCUUCCCACAUAUAUAUUUUAAUAUUCAAAAAACUUUUUCCCUGAAGAAAUGUGUUAUAUAAAGUAAACAUCCUUUCAGUGCUUCAGUUUGAAACGUCUAGAUCUAAAAUGAACACUUUAAGAAAAUAUUUGUCUUUUAGUGCAUUGCCUUUGUUCUAACAGUGUGUAGAAGGCCUAUUUUUUCCUAAAGUCAUAGCUGCAAAAAUAUUUGUCUUUUCUUACUUAUCUCUAUUUUGUGUUAAGUAAAAUUGUGAUAAAAAGAUUUUUAAAUUUCUUAUUAAAUAUGAUGUUAGUUGUUGGUUUUAAACAAAUGUUACCUACUUAAAGGGAAUCACAUCUAUUGUUUGUUAGAAGCUUUUAGUAGGAAUUGGUAUCUUUGUUGUCAUCACAAGUUUUAUCAUUUAAAUCACUCAGUAUGAUUAUAUUAAUAGUUUUCACUAUAUUAAAACAUCCUUAAAUUCUGGGUAAGCUCUACUUGACUAUGGCUUUAUAUUCUUUUAAUGUAUUUUCCCUCUAAUUGGUAACUUUUAUUUUAA